AUGAGGAACAAGAAACAACUAUGGAAAUUGAUGGAUAGCAUUUCAGAUGUGGAUUCACGUAAGAAAAAAUCUCCAAAACAUUUCACACCUCAUUACAUGGAUGGAUUAUUAGCAUAUGUUGCACCAUACUUUUAUAGCCCACAAGAAUUCCACCAAAUUAAGCAUGCAUCAUCAAUAUAUAACAAGGCUAUGGAAGAAAGAAAAGGCAAGAGAAAGAUCGUCUUCAUCGCGCCGGUGAAGAAAACAUCAAGUAAAAAAGUGUUGUCUAGAUUGGAGAAGGGCUCAUCAUCCAAGAAAGCGUCGGGCUCGAAUAGGGCAUCAACACCGCCGCCUCCUCCCGUUUCGGUGUUACCGGUAAAGCGCCUGGCCUACAGUUUAUGA